GUCACGGGACAGAGCUUUCGGUGACAGCCCCAAGGGCCCCGGCCCCGCGCCCAUGGCUGAGCCGGACCCCUCUGACCCUCUGGAGACCCAGGCAGGGAAGGUGCAAGAGGCUCAGGAUUCGGAUUCUAAUUCAGACACUGAAGGAGGAGCCGCUGGUGGAGAAGCAGAGAUGGACUUCCUGCGGAAUCUCUUCUCCCAGACAUUAGGCCUGGGCACCCAGAAGGAGCGUCUGCUGGACGAGCUUACCCUGGAAGGGGUGACCCACUACAUGCAAAGCGAGCGCUGCUCUAGGGUCAUCUGCAUGGUGGGAGCUGGAAUCUCCACGUCUGCGGGCAUCCCUGACUUCCGCUCCCCAUCCACCGGUCUCUAUGCCAACCUGGAGAAGUACCAUCUGCCUUACCCUGAAGCCAUCUUUGAGAUUGGUUAUUUCAAGAAACAUCCAGAGCCCUUCUUUGCUCUUGCCAAGGAGCUUUAUCCCGGGCAGUUUAAGCCGACCAUCUGUCACUACUUCAUCCGCCUGCUGAAGGAGAAGGGGCUUCUGCUGCGAUGUUACACACAGAACAUAGACACCCUGGAGCGGGUUGCAGGGCUGGAGGAGGAGGACCUGGUGGAGGCCCAUGGCACCUUCUACACGUCUCAUUGCAUCAGCUCCCUCUGCCGGCAGGAGUACACGCUGAGCUGGAUGAAAGAGAAGAUCUUCUCCGAAGUGACUCCCAAAUGUGAGAAGUGUCAGAGCCUGGUGAAGCCUGACAUCGUGUUCUUUGGCGAGAACCUCCCAGCUCGUUUCUUCUCCUGCAUGCAGUCAGACUUCCGGAAGGUGGACCUCCUUAUCAUCAUGGGCACAUCCCUGCAGGUGCAGCCAUUUGCAUCCCUCAUCAGCAAAGCGCCACUCUCUACUCCUCGUCUGCUCAUCAACAAGGAGAAAACAGGCCAGACUGACCCCUUCCUGGGCAUGAUGAUGGGCCUCGGAGGAGGCAUGGACUUUGACUCCAAGAAAGCCUACAGGGAUGUGGCCUGGCUGGGUGACUGUGACCAGGGCUGCCUGGCACUUGCUGACCUCCUUGGGUGGAAGAAGGAGCUGGAAGAUCUCGUCCGGAAGGAGCAUGCCAUCAUAGACUCCCAGUCGGCAUCAGGGGCCUCCAACCUCAGCACCUCUACUUCCCCCAGGAAGUCUCCACCACCUGCCAAGGAGGAAGCUAGGACCGCAGAGGGGCAGAAACCCCAGUGA